CAGUAACCGAGUAAACCGAAUUCCAUCAUAUAGUUCUGGAAUGAAAUUUCAGUUUUGUAGAAUACCGCAAUGAGAGAGAAAGAGAGAAUGAAGACCCACUGCUGGGUUCAAGCUUCCGCCUCAGAUUUCACCGGGAAAGUCCCGCAGCCUCGAAGUGGGCACACAGCUGUGAAUAUUGGGAAAUCGAAGAUUGUGUUUUUCGGUGGUCUGGAGGAUAAGAAGUUUCUCAAUGACGUCAAUGUUUAUGACAUAGACAACAAUAUGUGGUUUAAACCAGAGUGCACAGGCUAUGGUUCAGAUGGUAAUGUGGGUCCAAGCGCACGUGCAUUUCAUAUUGCCGUUGCUAUUGAUUGUCACAUGUUCAUCUUUGGUGGAAGAUCUGGUGGUAAUAGGUUAGGUGAUUUCUGGGUUCUAGAUACCGAUAUAUGGCAAUGGUCUGAACUCACCAGUUUCGGAGACUUGCCAUCAUCAAGGGAUUUUGCAGCUGCUUCAGCUGUUGGAAACCGUAAAAUUGUUAUGUAUGGUGGUUGGGAUGGCAAAAAGUGGCUGUCUGAUGUCUACAUCCUAGACACAAUUUCACUCGAGUGGACAGAGUUGUCAGUUACAGGGACAAUACCUCCACCCAGAUGUGGCCAUUCUGUCACAAUGAUUGAGAAGAGGUUGCUCAUCUAUGGCGGUAGAGGUGGUGGAGGGCCAAUCAUGGGUGAUCUAUGGGCUUUAAAAGGACUUAUUGAAGAAGAGAAUGAGCCCCCUGGAUGGACCCAGUUAAAGCUUCCUGGGCAAGCUCCUUCACCUCGUUGUGGACACACAAUGGCUUCUGAAGGGCCCUAUCUUUUAUUAUUUGGAGGGCAUGGCACUGGUGGUUGGUUGAGCCGUUAUGACAUUUAUUACAAUGAUUGUAUUGUUUUGGACCGGGUAUCUGUACAGUGGAAACGAUUACCCACAAGCAAUGAUCCACCUGCGGCUCGAGCAUACCACUCCAUGAACUCUAUUGGUUCUCGGUAUCUGUUGUUUGGUGGCUUCGAUGGAAAAUCAACUUUUGGUGAUCUCUGGUGGCUUGUCCCUGAAGAUGAUCCUAUUGCAAAGAGAUCAGCAGCACCAUCACCUGAAGUUGGGCCACAUGCAAAUGCUACUGCAGACAGGGAAAGGAAGGAUGGCCAAAGUGAAAGAUUUGCAAUUUCAGAGUUACAAAAACGAUUACAAAUUUCAACUCUACGUUCCAAUCCUGAGCGAAUUGUGGAUGAAAUGGAUGACAAGGAACUUCUCCAGCUGGCAUCAAGAGUUGGUGGAGAAAAUUCUGUAACCAAGAUGCAGGCUGUAGAGGCCCUUCGAGACCACUGGAAGAACUCCUCUUCUCAAUCUAUAACACUGAAGGAGCUUAGCCCAUUAGUUCGUGACUACCAACGUUUGAUCACCCAUCAUCAUAUAGGAAAAAUUGGAUCUAAUUUAGAGCUUGCGGAAUCUGGUUUUCCUGGAAAAUUUUCCUUCCGCUACUAUCAUGUCAAAAGUGCUUCUCAGUUGCGAUUGAACGACAUCCCAAAUCUAUUGGCCGAGUACAAAGAGCUUCUCUCUCAUACAAAUAUCGGGUAAGUGUUACAGCAUUUGAAGCCCUUAAUUGUACGUGUCCCAUGUAAUACAUACCCAUACAUAUAUGGAUGUAUAGAAGCCGGGAAUGAAUAUUUAAGAGGUCAUAAUUCAAACUUAGCGGCUUGCUAUCCAUCCACCGGUAGUCUUCCAACUUUUCCACACAAUCUUUAUUGCUUAGAAUGUGUCUCAGAGCAUCGGCAAGUUUUCUUCUUACUUCGGGUGCAUAUUUAUACUCUAGUCUUGUUUCAAGCUUAUUGUAUCCAACCGAGAUGCUGUUAUGAAAGCUUUUAUCCAUUUGAACGGCA